ACCUCCGCAUUUUAGAACUCAAACUGUAAACCGCAACUUCAUACGCUAUCGGCGCAUCCUUAGAGCAUUAAGCGAAUGCCCGAGGGCCGACCGCCUAUCUUCCCCUGAUUUCAAAUUACCCUUGUAUUCUACUGCUCUUCCCAUUCUCUUGGUUUUCUUCCGUCCAUUAGAUAAGAAAGGAGGAAAAUUCAAGAACUCGAUAUUGUCAGAUUAUCUUGGAAUUCUUGCAUACAUUCUUAUAAAGAAAAAAACUAAGAGCUUGUUGGCAUGCAUUCUCUUUAAGAAAAAUUCAAGAUCUCUUUUUAAAAAAGGAGAUGGGGAGCAUUAAGUGAAUGCCUAAGGCUAAUUGGAUUUCGGGGAGCAUUAAGCCAAAUGCCUGAGGUUAUUUGGAGUUCAAUUCAGUCAGGGGUUAUCUUGUACCAUUUCCCAAGGGUUGUUGAGGAGUUGGUUUCAACAGUCUCGGUGCUGGUACCACCAAGUAUAUGAAUGAAGACACUCAAUUGGACAGACAUUCGUAAACACCCUCACUGGAUCUGGUGUUUUUCGAGAUGGACUGGUGCUGAUAGGAGAAAGAUAUGCGUGGAAGCUGGUAUAGAUGAUGAAAGGCGGGCCGCUUUUUCGGGACCUGUACUACCUUCCCAAAAGAAAAGGGUGGUGGUGGUGGUGGUGGGUAUAUAUUUUGUUGCUGAAGUUGAGCUGGAACAUACACAUUGCCUAACAGGACUUUUAGCCAAGUUUAUGGAGACAGUAUAUGCGCCUGUUUCUUUCAUCUUCUGUUAUGUUUCCUUUUUGCCUGGCAAUUCUAACUUUGGUGUGUUGUGCUUCCCUUACACCAGCGAGAUCAAAAUACAGCCAUCAGAUGAUAUGCAUGCUUUCCCAGAAACCUUUGGCUUCAAAGGAGAGGCUCUGAGCUAUAUUUCUGACGUUUCUUUGUUGGAUGUUGUUACCAAAACUCACUGGAGGCCAAAUGAAUAUCGUAAGGUUUUGAAGGACGACAAGUGUUUCUACCUUGGAAUUGAUGAUUGUAGACAACAAGUAAUUCUAUACAAGGCUACCUGACACAUGAGUUGACUGUAGUAUGCUAA